UUGCGAGUUGUUGGCAUCCGGCGCGGAUAGAUGUGACACACUUGACAUUUCCCCCGAAACAAGCGAACUCAUUCAAGGGUCUGUAGCUGAAGGUGCCGCUUCAAACUGUAAAAGAUGUUUUUGACAAGAUCGGAAUAUGACAGAGGUGUGAACACAUUCUCUCCAGAAGGACGGUUGUUCCAGGUUGAAUAUGCCAUUGAGGCUAUUAAAUUGGGCUCAACUGCAAUCGGCAUACAAACAUCAGAAGGAGUGUGUCUGGCUGUGGAGAAGAGGAUCACCUCUCCCCUGAUGGAGCCCAACAGCAUUGAGAAGAUCGUUGAGAUCGACACUCACAUCGGUUGUGCCAUGAGUGGCUUGAUAGCUGAUGCCAAGACUCUAAUCGACAAAGCAAGAGUGGAAACACAGAACCACUGGUUUACUUACAAUGAGACAAUGACAGUGGAGAGUGUGACUCAGGCUGUGUCCAACAUGGCGCUGCAGUUUGGAGAGGAGGACGCUGAUCCUGGUGCCAUGAGUCGACCAUUUGGUGUAGCACUUCUGUUUGGGGGAGUUGAUGAAAAAGGACCUCAGCUUUACCACAUGGACCCAUCAGGAACCUUUGUGCAGUGUGAUGCCCGUGCUAUUGGCUCAGCGUCUGAGGGAGCACAGAGUUCUCUGCAAGAAGUUUACCACAAGUCCAUGACAUUAAAAGAUGCCAUCAAGUCGUCUCUCACCAUCCUGAAGCAGGUGAUGGAGGAGAAGCUCAACGCCACCAAUAUUGAGCUGGCAACAGUAGAGCCUGGGAAGACUUUCCACAUGUAUUCCAAAGAGGAGCUGGAAGAUGUAAUCAAGGAUAUCUAAAAAAAAAAUUAAAAGACUUAAGUCUUGGUUUGAGUUCUGGACAGGAGACGAUGAAACUACACCUGGGCUGAAUGUCACAAUUGCAACAUUCUCCUCUUUGCUGCAGAGCUUUUCUACAUUGCAUACAAGGCGUGUCUUUGUAAUUUUCUUCUCUGUCACGAUUUGUGCAGCCCUGUACAGAUAUCUGACCAAUUCUUACAGCCUGGUGGCACAAAAAAAUGUCUGGGUAGGGGAAGAGGGUGGGGCUAUUUUUUGUUACUAAUCAGUAAAGCAAUUAAACUUGUAUUCAGAA